AUGGCCAAGGACAUCCAGAGCCUUACCGGCUGUGUUGCAGCCCUAACCAGGUUUAUCUCUAAGGCCACCGAUCGCUGCGCCCCCUUCUUCAAGGCACUCAAGGGCAACAAGCGAAGCAUUACCUGGACUGCCGAAUGUGACAAAGCUUUCAGCGAGCUCAAAGAGUAUAUGAGCCGGGCCCCUUUAUUAUCAACCCCCAAGCCUGGAAACACCCUCACAAUUUACCUCUUCGUCUUGGCCACAACAGUUAGCUCGGUGCUCGUCCGAUCACAUGAAGGUGCUGAGCACCUGGUGCAUUAUGUUAGCAAAACAUUACAAGAUGUCAAGGUUCGGUACUCAGAUAUUGAGAAACUGGCCUUCGCCUUGGUAGUUUCAGCUAGACGCCUUAGACAAUACUUCCAAGCGCACACCAUCCAUGUCCUAACCAAUCAGCCACUAAGACAAGUAUUGCAAAAGCCAAAGACUUCUAGCAGGUUGGUUAAGUGGGUCAUUGAACUUGGUGAGUUUGAUAUCCACUACAAACCCCGCCCAGCUACAAAGGGCCAGACCAUUGCUGACUUCAUAUCAGAAUUCACAGAACCCCAAGCUCACAAUUUACCUAAGCUAGCUUUGGAUAGCUCUUGGCUCCCGAAUGGUUUGGGAGUUCUUUUGUUGACUCCUCCAUAUGACUUGGGUUGGGUAGCUUUUGUGCUCCCACAUAGAACUUCUGUUUUGUUUCUUUGGAUAUCAGCCAUGGAUAGAACAGACUCAAUCCAACUCAUUUCAGCGAAUUUGGUCUGCUCUACACUUAACUCUGGGAAAUUUUCUUUCAUCCAAGGGAGAAAUGGAGGAACAGGAACCAGCUCAAGUUUCCAUGCCAGAAUGACUCCAAAGCUUGAACCUCCCCCUACGCUAAUAGCCCUUGAGCAUGUGGAAUUGGAGGAGGAUCUAUGGAAAAAGAACUGGAGUAAUCAAUAUGAGAACCCCCAGUCUGCUCAUCAAUCUGAAUUCAGAAUUAUAAUUCUAAUAGAUGUUAUUGAUUUUCUGUUUGCGUGUGGUUAUGGGUGGUCUUUUGUUGCUUUGGAUAGAGCAGUUUGGUUGGUGUUUUCAAUUCUGUUAAGCAAGGGGUGGGUCAGUGGGGAAUCAAUCACUGGCCCUGUGUUCUGA